AUGAUAUACGACUGUGAGUAUGGUGACAACAUCACAGAUAUGGUCUUCUUUGUGAAAAACGUAUUUAACCAGCAGCUUUUUACCAUGUAUGACUCUCGGGUGGGGAAGUAUGUUGGCUUUGGAGAAUACGGCAUGAAAAAUGCAGACCAUUAUAAUAGUCAGGUUUGGAAAAUGGCCUUAAGACAAAGUCAAGUGGAGAUUCUUUGCAGAUACAACGCAAGAUUAUACAGAAGGAGCACGCUGGACAGAAAAGUGCCUCCGAUUGUCAAGGUCCAUCAGACUAAGGGAACUGACUACGGGCAGCGGUCCAUGCUGAAGUGCAGCGUUCUGGGUUUUUUUCCUCAAGAAGUGAGGGUAAGCUGGUUGAGAAACGGAGUAGAGGUCACCGCCGAUGUGUCGUCUACAGAUAUUGUGGCCAACGGGGACUGGAGCUUUCAGCUUCACUCUUACCUGGAGUUCAUACCAAGACGAGGGGAGAGGAUCAGCUGCAGGGUGGACCAUAGCAGCCUCAAAGAAAGCCUGGAGGUGGACUGGGGUAAGAAUUAUUAUGGAGGAGAAACACACUCAAACAGUGUUGAAAUUUAA